AUGGUAAUGACUGACGGCCCUAUUAUUAACAUCCCACUACCUCAAGGCGCAGGUUAUGCUAUCCUUGUUGGUUUAGGACUUGUGUUUUCCCUUGGUAUGAUUUUGACUACCUUUGUUUUGCGUCGUUAUCAAAAGGAGGUUAUCACUUCGGAGGAGUUUUCAACUGCUGGUAGAUCUGUUAAGACAGGGUUAAUUGCCGCUGCUGUCGUUUCGUCGUGGACUUGGGCUGCAACAUUAUUAACAUCCUCAACUCAAGCUUAUAAGAACGGUAUCUCAGGGCCUUUUUAUUAUGCUGCCGGCGCUUGCUGCCAGAUUAUAUUAUUUGCGUUUAUUGCAAUCAAGGCCAAACAAAAGGCACCUGGUGCUCACACCUAUUUAGAAAUUGUCAAAGCUAGAUAUGGACCAAUAGCUCAUGGUGUCUUUAUAUUUUUCGCCUUUGCAACUAACGUUUUGGUUACUGCAAUGUUACUAACCGGAGGAUCAGCGACUGUCACUGACUUGACCGGAAUGAAUACGGUGGCUGCAAUUUUUCUAUUCCCUGUUGGUGUUAUGAUUUACACCUUGUUUGGUGGUAUCAAGGCUACCUUCUUGACAGAUUAUAUUCACACAAUUGCAAUUAUUGUUAUUAUCUUGACAUUUGCAUUCAAGACUUUUGCAACUUCUCCACUUUUGGGAUCCCCAGCUAAGGUUUGGGAAUUGAUCACACAAGCCGGAAUAGAUCAUCCUGUUUCCGGUAACGCAGAGGGUUCCUAUCUAACGAUGCAUUCCAGGUCUGGUGGUAUUUUCUUUGUCAUUAAUAUUGUUGGUAAUUUUGGAACAGUCUUCCUAGAUAAUGGUUACUGGAACAAAGCCAUAGCAUCUUCACCUGCUGCAGCUUUGCCUGGUUAUAUUGCCGGUGGUAUUGCAUGGUUUGCUAUUCCUUGGCUAACUGCAACUACAAUGGGGCUUGCUUGUCUUGCAUUAGAAUCCACACCUUCUUUUCCUACAUAUCCAAAUAGAUUAUCGGAAGAUCAAGUCUCUGCUGGCUUGGUUUUACCAUCCGCAGCUGUUGCAUUGAUGGGUAAAGGUGGUGCAGUUGCUAUGUUAUUUUUGAUCUUUAUGGCAGUUACGUCGGCGAUGUCAGCAGAGUUGAUUGCGAUUUCUUCGAUCUUCACUUAUGAUAUCUACAAAGGCUAUAUCAAUCCCAAGGCAUCUGGUAAGACAUUGAUUUUUUCUUCACACUGUACUGUCAUUGUCUUUUCAUUGGCAAUGUCUGGCUUUGCAACCGGUUUAUACUAUGCAAACAUAUCUAUGGGCUACUUAUAUGAAUUAAUGGGAAUCAUUAUUUCUUCUGCGGUUCUACCAUCCGUUCUAACAUUAUUGUCAAAACAUCAAAAUACCGUUGCCGUUGUGGUAUCUCCAAUCCUGGGAACUGCAAUUGCAAUCAUGUCUUGGUUGGUAUCAACACACACUAUGUAUGGUGAGAUUACCGUCGAUAAUACCUUCAUGGAUGAUCCAAUGUUGAUUGGUAAUGUUGUUGCUUUGUUAUCGCCUUUGAUUUUCAUUCCAAUCUUGACAUUAAUCUUUGGCUCUCAACAAUUUGACUUUGAAAUCUUAAAAACUAUUGAGAGGGUCGAUGAUUCUUCUGAAGUUGAGGAUGAUUUAAAGGACAUCUUACCAGAUACUAUUCUAAAUGAAAGUGACGAUUCUGAAGCCAAAGAUAUUGAAAAGUUGAAUCCUGUCAAAUCGACCGUCACUGAAGUCGUUGACCAAUUAGCGCACGAAAGUAAGGCUGUGGAUCACAACAAAGAAGAAGAACAGCAUCUUAGAAGAGCUUCUAGAAUUGCUGGUUACCUUUGCCUUUUCAUGAGUAUUUCGAUGCUAGUCAUCUGGCCAAUGCCAAUGUAUGGAUCGAGAUAUAUUUUCUCUAAACAAUUUUUCACUGGUUGGAUUACAGUGGGAAUAAUAUGGAUUUUUGUGACUGCUUUCAUAGUCAUAAUAUAUCCACUAUGGGAAGGUAAGUACGGCAUCUAUACUUCUCUCAGAGGUAUCUACUGGGAUCUCAGUGGACAGACACACAAGUUGAGGGAAUGGCAAACCGCUCAUCCAGAACAAUUACAUGCCGUUCAGUCUCAAAUAAGUGCUCAAUUGGCACAGGAAAGAGACAUCGAUGAAAUACUUCAGUAG